AACCUCAAGUGAAGUGCUAAGAAUAUGGCUAAAGUGUAUCAAUGCCAGCUAUUGGUGGGGCUAAUGCUCGGCAGCCUAGCUCUGAUCGCCGCCCAGAGCGAGAAUGUGCUCUUCGAGACGAUCAAUUUCCUGCGCCGCGGCCAAUCGGAUGUCGAGCUGGAGAACUAUGAUAAUACCAUUGAAAUGGAAAGCGAAUAUGAUUUUAUUGUGGUGGGCGCCGGCACAGCGGGCUGUGCUCUGGCCGCGCGUCUUUCCGAGAAUCCCAAGUGGAAAGUGCUGCUGCUGGAGGCGGGCGGACCGGAGCGUCUGGUCAUGGAUGUGCCCAUUGUGGCGCACUUUCUGCAGCUGGGCGAAAUGAACUGGAAGUAUCGCACCCAGCCCUCGGAUCACGCCUGCCUGGCAAUGAACAACAAUCGCUGCAAUUGGCCGCGCGGCAAGGUGAUGGGCGGCAGCUCCGUGCUCAAUUACAUGAUGUACACGCGCGGCAAUCGCCGUGACUAUGAUCGAUGGGAGGCGCUGGGCAAUCCCGGCUGGAGCUGGAAGGAUGUGCUGCCAUACUUUAAGAAAUACGAGGGCAGCAGCGUUCCAGAUGCAGAGGAGGACUUUGUGGGACGCGACGGACCGGUGAAAAUUAGCUAUGUGAACUGGCGCUCCAAGAUAUCGGAGGCCUUUGUCGAUGCCGCCCAACAGGACGGCCUGAAAUAUCGCGAUUAUAAUGGACGCAUUCAGAAUGGUGUCGCCUUUCUGCACACCACCACACGCAACUCGACACGCUGGAGCUCCAAUCGCGCUUACCUCUAUCCCCUCAAGGGCAAGCGUCAAAAUCUGCAUGUGAAGAAGAGGGCGCUGGUCACCAAGGUGCUCAUCGAUCCGCAAACAAAGACCGCCUAUGGCAUCAUGGUCCAGACCGACGGACGCAUGCAGAAGGUGCUCGCUCGCAAGGAGGUGAUUGUCUCGGCGGGCGCCAUCAACACGCCCCAGUUGCUGAUGCUGUCAGGCGUCGGUCCGGCCAAGCAUUUGCGCGAAGUGGGCAUAAAGCCGAUUGCGGAUCUGGCCGUGGGCUACAAUCUGCAGGAUCACACGGCGCCGGCGGUGACCUUUACAACGAAUGCCACUUCACUGAAAUUCGAAGACUUUGCCGAUCCCACCUGGCUGACUCGGUUCAAUCGGAGAGAAGGUCCGUAUGGUUCGCCCGGCGGCUGUGAGGCAAUUGCCUUCUGGGAUCUGGAUCAUGAACGCGACGAGGAUGGCUGGCCGGAUAUUGAGUUAUUCUUGGUGGGCGGUUCCAUGUCAUCCAAUCCAGCCAUAUCACGCGCCUUUGGCCUUAAGAAGUCCAUCUACGAUUCGCUGUUCGCCGAGAUUGAGGACAAGGCGCUGAAUGCCUUCAUGAUCUUCCCCAUGAUUUUGCGGCCCAAGAGUCGCGGUCGCAUCAUGCUCAAGAGCAGCGAUCCCUUCAAGUAUCCGCUGAUACAUGCCAACUACUUUGCCCAUCCGUACGAUGUGGACAUCUCGGUGCGUGGCCUGCUGAAGGCCAUCAGCCUGAUGGAGCAGCGGGGCAUGAAGGCCAUCGAUGGCAAGCUGUGGGAGCGCAAGAUACCCACCUGCAAGCAGCAUCCCUACAAGAGCUGGGCCUACUGGGCCUGCUAUGUGCGCCACUUCACCUUCACCAUUUACCAUUAUUCGGGCACCACCAAGAUGGGACCCAAAUCGGAUCGGGCGGCGGUUGUGGAUGCCCGCCUGCGUGUCCAUGGCAUACGCAAUUUGCGUGUCGCAGAUGCCAGCAUCAUGCCCGAGAUCAUGUCCGGACAUCCGAACGGACCCGUCUUUAUGAUCGCCGAGAAGGCCGCCGAUAUGAUCAAGCAGGAUUAUGGCUAUAUCAAAUAAUUCCCAGUGCAGUCAGCAUGCUCUAGUGUAGGUUUAGUUUCACAUCAGGUUUGAGCUCCGUUCCACAAGUUCCAGUUAGCUGCGAUUGAUCCCGUUCCUGAUCUUCGCUGGAUCCGGAAUAUUUUAGACGCCGAACGGGGCUUUAGUUAGAUCUUGCCCGCAUUCAAUCUCUGUUUGUCCUACAUAAUGAACUGAUUUUAAUCUAAG